UGCGACCCGGCGCGGCGGCAACGUUACGCCACCGUCGUCGGCUUGAUGGGAAGCAGGAUGGAAGUUCGACAACGACAAAUGAUCAGACAUGGCAUCCUUAUGGCGGGGUGGGCGGGUUAAAUAGGCUGGGACCUGGUGACAACCUUGUUCCUCGUUCCCCCCUUGCCCUUCUUCUCCUUGUUCUGUGGAAGUCCUUCUUUUUCACCAUGACAUUCCUUUCGCUGCCUCUUCAUUCCCUCCAGUAUGCGGAGAUCGUCGUACGCAGCAUGGACCCCGAUGUAGACUUCAGCAAUCUGUCUUUCUCGGUGCGCCCGACGUGCCCACCAUCGUCACCGCUUACCAACGUUGACAACGUCGAUGUGCAAGUUCGUGCUGUCUGCGACGCGCGCGGCAGCUAUCUUUCCAUCUGCCUUGGUCGCCCCAGCGGAGAGCCAUCAUCGCUCUCAGCCCCCGCGAUCGAAUCCUCACCGUCACCCCCAUGGUCUAUUGGCAGCGAUGGCAGCUCUGACGGGAACGAAGCCCUUCUGGGUGAAUUCCUCCAGUCUGCACGAAGGACAGACGAGUUCUUGGAUGCUUUGCACGGUGGGAAGGCGGCUUGGGGUAACGAUGCGAAUGGAUUCAGCGGCGCGUCCGGCUCGCCCUCCGCCUCACUCUCAUCACCGUACGGCUUCGGCGGCUAUUUCUCGGGCUCGUUUGAUGGUCUACCGUCCCCGCCAUUGACUGCCUCAUCAUCGUCCGCGGGCUACUCCGAUCCUGAGGGCUCGCCCUUCGCCUACGGCUGCACCCUCGACGACGAGAUCCCCAUAUCAGGGAGCUCGGAGGCCGUCAAGCGCGCGCGCUCGGUGGCCAAGAUGAUCCCCGUCUCCCGCAAAAAGCCCGCGCUGAAGUGCCACUACCCGGGCUGUGACGCGCACUUUUCGCGCCAACACGAUCGGAUGAGACACGAAGUCAACAAGCACGGCCACAAAUGCGAGUUCACGUGCGAUACCUGCCGGCGCUUCUUCUCAAACGCAUCUACGCUCGAGCGUCAUCGCUGUACGGGAGUGCCGCCGGCUAUGGCUGCUUGAGCGCCUCCCUGCUCGAGUACUACGUUUAUUUAAUUUACUUUACUGUACAACAUCGGGCGGGUCGCCUACGCGGCUGUGCUUCACUAUCGCUAUCUGUAGCAGCAGCUGUCCUUACCAUACCACAUACCACGUAUUUAUCGGAGUGGACGGCGUGCGGGCUUUGUAUUUUUGUAGGUACAAUGGGACGAGAAUAAAUUAACCUUGGACGACGGGUCCAAGGAAGCCACACUCAUCAGUCAGCUUGAG